GAAGCCUCCACUCGGCCUGAAGCCUCUACUCGGCCUGAAGCCUCUACUCAGCCUGAAGCCUCUACUCAGCCUGAAGCCUCUACUCAGCCUGAAUCCUCUACUCAGCCUGAUGCCUACGACUCGGUGCCCCUAUUCCGCCAGUUGACUCGAUGCCCGCUGUUCCGCCAGACGACUCGGUGCCCGCAGUCUUUGCCAGACAACUCGGUGCCCGCAGUCUUGCCAGACGACUCGGUGCCCGCAGUCUUGCCAGACGACUCGGUGCCCGCAGUCUUGCCAGACGACUCGGUGCCCGCAGUCUUGCCAGACGACUCGAAGCCCGCUGUUCCGCCAGUUGACUCGAUGCCCGCUGUUCCGCCAGUUGACUCGGUGCCCGCAGUCUUGCCAGACGACUCGGUGCCCGCAGUGUUGCCAGACGACUCGGUGCCCGCAGUCUUGCCAGACGACUCGAAGCCCGCUGUUCCGCCAGUUGACUCGGUGCCCGCAGUC